AUGACGCAGAGAAUGAAUGUUGGCGAAGUCCGCAACGACGAUAUCAUACACCUCAACGUCGGUGGACAAAAAUUAACCACCGAAAGAUCCACUCUUUGUCAAGUAGAAGGUUCGUUUCUUGCCUCAAGGUUCAGUGGAAGAUGGGAAGGUCGUCACAAAUGCGACGACGAUGGCGCUGUGUUCUUCGAUUAUAAUCAACAAUUUUUUGUUGCCAUUUUGAAUUAUCUGCGCGCCAAGAAAUUUGCCACCAUAGAGAAUCCCGCAUUACCGCCAAAAGUCCCCGGAGAUCAAUUAGACGAUUUCGAAACAUUUGUCCAGUACCUCGGGUUGAGUGAUGAAAUCUUCCCCCGUGAGAAAUUCAAUCAACACAGCCCUGGAGUUACUCUUGGGGAAGACGGCAGAGUCGCCGUUCAUGAUCCAGAUAAAGCAGAGCAUAGAUACGUUCUUGGUCAAAAUAUUUACCGAGAAAAGACGCACAGUUUCAGGUUGGAAUUGGAGAUGUUUAAAGAUCGUUUUUGGAUGUUUGUUGGUAUUCUAAAAAAGGGUGUUGUACCACCGAAUAACAAAUCACGUCGAUGGCCUGGUUCAUAUGGAUGGGCACUCGGCGAGUCUGGUCAAGUAUGGAAAGACGGGUCACCUACGAUUGAUAAUGCUUUAAAAGAUGUCACUAAACAAGGCGACACGGUUAAGUUAGUCUUGGAUUGCGAUGCUGCCAAGCUGUCAUUACAUUUGUCCACUGGUCAACAAUUUCACAUCGAAAUACUCAAGUCACAAACUUGGAGACUGCAUGUAAUUUUGCUUAAUCCAAGUGACAGACUACGUAUCAUAAACGAAUAA